CAAAUAAAAUUUAUAAGCAUAAUUCAAACAAUGUUGAAAGUAGUGUGCCUGACACUUUUCAUUGCCGCUGUUUCAGCCGGCAUUCCUUAUAAGGAUUGUGCCCACUCGGAGGUGAUAGACGUAGCCAUCAGCGGCUGUACUACCAGUCCCUGCACUCUCCAUAAGGGAAAGGAAGUUCAGAUUGACAUUCAAUACAAAGCCAACCAGGACACUACCAAGGCUACCUGGACCCUGCACGCCAUACUGGCCGGUGGUCUAGACCUGGACCUGUCAACACUGAUCCCUGGCUUUGAUAAGGACGGCUGUCACGACACUCCCUGUCCCGUCAAAAAGGGAGAGACAAAGAAGUUCUCGUAUAAACUGACUAUACCUGAGGCCACCCCUACACCCAUUGAGGCUGAUGUCAAGGCCCGGCUUAUCGGCGAUUCCGGUGACCUAUUCUGCGGUACCGUUCACGGAAAUAUUGUCGACUAA